GGUGUGAUGAAGAUUCCUUCCUUAGAGAGAGAGAAGGCGGAAAGGAGGAGAGAGAGAUUGUUGGUAUUUCUUCAUUUCCAGUGAGGUAGGCUUGGAAAGGCGGCCGCAGGGCCUAGGCCUGGCACUGGCUGUGGGCCGGGGCCGGUUGUAGUCGGGUCGGUCCCGUCCCAGGGCCUGCAGUCACAGUCUCGGCCCGUGGAUGUGGGCUCUGACCGUUACCGAGUUUCGUGCCGGAUGACGGGCGGAAAGCAGUGAGCCCGGGGCCCCGUCAUUGUCCCGGGGUCUGCUUGUGCUUUCAUUUUCUUCCUGUGGCUUUUUUUUGCGUCACAAUUUCCCGGUGCAGACCCCAGCAGCUCGCCCCUCAGUGAUCCUACUGCUGCCCAAAUGGAUAGACGUAGGGGAGCAACUCAACCAGCUGGCCAGGAUGGACCAGGGACAUUAAAGCCUGGGGACAAAUUUAAAAUUCCAAAGAAGAAAAAGGUCACCGAGAUGGACAAUGUGGAGACUCAUUCUCCUCUAUCCCGACUUACUGAUUCAAGAAUUGAAAAUUUAAAACCAUCGCAUAAGCGCUGGCCGUUCUCUUAUAAUACUUUCAAUAAAACAAGAAACCGAGACUCGAUUGCUUAUAGUCAACGGAGGAAAUGCGGUGCAAAGCACAACAUUCAAAGAGAUGAUGUUCAGCUGAAGGAAGCCAGAAUUGUACUCAGAGAUGUGCUGAUGACAGAUUCAGGAAGACAACAUUUGCUGCACCUAAAAAAGCAAGACUGUAGUAAUGUCGAAAGUACUGACACUGCAAAUGCAAAAAAAAAUUACACAUCAACCAGUGAACUAAAAGAUAAUUGUCACGUGGAAACCAAAUCAUCUCACCAAGAUAGUCAUACGAACAUUUUAUCCAGCAGGGGAGUGCAGUGUGAGAAGAGAUCAGAAUGUAAUAUCUCGAAACAGAGCGAAAAUGUAACCAGAGCAAAGGAAACUAGUACAUCAUCCAGAAGAAUAUCUGGGAAAGAGGAUAGAGGUAUUUGUGCAAUAGAACAGACAGAAAAAAAAGGCCAGUUGUGGGAAGAGAAUAAAAUUAAUAAAGACACAUCAACAGAAUCAGCACUUGCAAGCCCUAAGAAGAAAAGAUUAUGUACUGACCUUCAGGAUCAUUCUAGCCAAAGAGAUGUUAAUAGUGUUCCACCGUCACAGAAGUAUGGUGAGGAUUUGUUGAAGAAAAUGCUGGUAUGUCUAAAUUGCAAAGAGCAAACUGAAAACUGCCAUUGCUUCAGUACAGACAGUAAUAAUGAACAAGAACUUGAUGUUCAUUUAAUGGAGAUAGCACAAAUAGAAUCAUGUCUACAGCAGGAACAACUUUCUCCCUUGAAUAAAAAGCAGCAAAGCUCCAAAUACCUAGGCCAACAGUUAGUCGAUGCUAACUCUUCAACCCCUGAUGGGAAUUUUUAUCUAAGGGAAUCUCUACAAACUUCAGUAACAGAUGAACAGAAAAUUGGUGAAGGAGUCUUGAACACUCCUACAUCGAGUGGCCAGGUUGAGCACUUGAAAUCCACAGUAGAUUCAAACGAACCAAUUGUACUUUCCAGUGAUGAAGAAGAUACAGAUAAAAUAGACUCCAGUAUCCAUGGCACCAUGUUAACUCCAGAAAUUAAGCGUUUACGUCUGGGAAGUAGGCCAUUGUCAACUGAGAGCAAUAAAAGAGAGUCUGAGAUUGCAUCAGCAAAACUGGAACCAGAGAAUAUCAAGGGUGCAUGUGAAGUAACUGAGAAGAAUAAAUUAAUAGAUGUGAUCCAAAGUACGGACUGCAGUUUGGAAAAUAAUAUUACAAUAACUGAAUCAACAAUGGAUCUAGGAUUUGCUGCCGUGCAUAUGGGGGAAAUUGAUGGAAAUGAACAAGGUUCUGUCAAGUUUAGUCAUGACAACAUUGCAAUAUCAUUUUCAGGUCCUUGUGAUAUAAACCAUUCAUUACUACUGGAUACCUUUCACUUAAAGAAGUACAGUCUGUUUGACACAGCCUGUGCGAAUCACUCCAUUAUUUUCUUAUGGUUUGCUGCAGAUUAUAUCGAUGAAGUAAACAAACUGUUACAAACCAGUUCUUCAAAACAUAAUUAUAAUUGCAAUGAAUUUAUCUUCAUUCAACUUUUCAAACCUUUGCAAGCAACAGAAACAGCAACUUUGAAGAAAAUCAUGAUUGAUAUAGGUGAAAAGAAUGAGGUUACAGACUUGUGUGAUAUCAUGCCAUUGGAUGAAAUUUAUCAGCUACUGGCUAGGUUUAGUUCAGAGCAGAGCUCCUUCCUGUCAUUGUGCUGCAAAACCUUACAAGAACAAGUGGAUAUGACUACGUUGUCACUGGAGUCCCAUUUAUCUCAGGAAGAAAAUGCAAGCUCAGCGAAGUCAAAUAAUUACACUCUGUGUCAUAUACGAAGGAAUGACCAGUAUGUGGUUUCAAUUGCUUCAAAGCAAGAGACGGAAAAGCACACACUUAAACAAAAUGGUCCAGUUCAGAAAAUAAUAGUAUUUCCCCCUCCCCCAACUAAAGGAGGUCUUGCUGUUACUACUGAAGACCUAGAAUGUUUGGAAGAAGGAGAGUUUCUCAAUGAUGUUAUCAUUGAUUUCUAUUUAAAGUAUCUUUUAUUAGAGAAAGCACCCAAAGAACUUGCUGAGCGCACUCACAUUUUUAGUAGCUUCUUUUAUCGACGUCUAACCAGAAAGGAUAAUGCUGGAUCAGAGGAAGCAACUAACCUUUCAAUACAGCACAAGAGACACCAGCGCGUGAGAACAUGGACGCGACAUGUGGAUAUCUUUACAAAGGAUUUUAUAUUUGUGCCUGUUAAUGAAGAGUCACAUUGGUAUCUUGCUGUUAUUUGUUUUCCUGCGUUAGACAAAAUAGUUUAUGAAACUGAUGUUACUACUGAAACAAAGGCAAACAAAUUACUUCCAAAUCCAUCUUGCACAAACUUACCUAGUGAUGAAAAAACAAGUAAAGAACAAAGGUCAUCAUCUGAUGAAUCUGAUGGAAAUACCACUCAGAGUUCACUGUCACAGGAUUCAACAAAUACAAACUCUAGCAAUGUUUCUUGUAUAACUUCAGUGUCCAGCUCUAGGAUGCAGGGAUGUGUAAAGGCACCCAUCAACCUACAUCAACAAAAAUUAAGGAUACUCAAGCAGCCCUGCAUUCUUAUUAUGGAUUCACUGAGAGCAGCUUCACAAUUACACACAGUGAAGAUUUUACGAGAGUAUCUGCAGAUUGAGUGGGAAGUGAAAAAAAGAGGACAGCGCAGUUUCACAGCAGAAAACAUGAAGGGCUCAGUCCCAAGAGUGCCAAAGCAAGAUAACAGCAGUGACUGUGGCAUUUACUUGCUGCAGUAUGUGGAAAGUUUCUUUCAGAAACCCAUCACAAAUUUUGAAUUACCUUUGCAGUUGGAUAAAUGGUUUCUGCGAGAGGAAGUAAAGAAAAAACGGGAGGAAAUACAAGAUUUAAUUCUGCAGUUACACAGUCAGCAGAGAACUGAUGGCUAAUGAAUCUGCACAUGAAGGACAAAUAUUGUACCAGGUCAUUUCAAAGCUGCUGAUCAAGUACCCACACAUCUUGCAAAUAUGAAGAUUUUAAAUUCGACUGUAAAUUUUGAACUGGCUGACCAAUGAUGUGUAGCACAUUCAGUUUAAAUAGCUCUGUUUAUAGCAGUGUACAGUUUAAUAAAUUAUACUGUUUGA